CUUAUCGAAAUUAUAAGAAUAGACCCGAAUCAUUAGCAACCCAAGCUUGGAAUGCAAUGAGAGAUGAUGGUACUUCUAAUGAUGAGAAAUUUCUAGGUUUAACGAGACGUAAAGUGAAAAAUCCUCAGACUCGAGAACAAUUUAAUCAAUGGCGUACUAAAUGGAUGGAAUCUUAUAAGCAAUGUAAUUUGAGAAUUCCUUUGGAUAUUUAUGUUAGAGAAUAUGAAGAAUAUUAUAUUCCAGUUAAUUGGAUAGAUUCUAAAAAGAGUCAAUUACGAGAUAGAUUCAGUAAGCGUCUCCAACAAUUAGAAGUGUAA